UGUUGCUAUUGACGACAGCUGUGUUUAGUGUUAACAGGCUAGCGCUAGGUUAGCUUGUUACAUUUAUAAGUCGAGAAGUUCGCUAGAAGUUUAAAACACAAUCAAAAAGCUCAGACAUGUUCACUCCAGACGAGGAGCCCGAGAAGCUAACCGCGGACUCCACGUCCAGCGCUGAAUCAGAGGCUUUCGUUGACCGUGAAGCGCCGGCGGAGCUGCCGGAGUCUGUCCCCGCUUCAGCGCCUUCAGCAACCGGAGACGAGCUCGACGAGCCAGCGGAGCUCCGCCGAGAACCGGUCCUUUCACACUUAAUUGUGGACAGGUAUGAGGGCGAGAGGUGUGGAGAACUUUUCCAUGGAGAAGGUGCCGCUGACUUUCAGGGCGGUCAUGUGUACAAGGGACGUUUUGCUAAUGGUUUGAUGCAUGGACAUGGAGAAUACACAUGGGCAGAUGGUGUGAAGUAUGAGGGGGAAUUUGUAUUAAAUGCACCAGUGGGGCAUGGAAUCUACACCUGGCUAGAUGGUAGCAUCUAUGAGGGAGAGGUGUGGUAUGGUAUCCGUCAUGGAUUUGGAACUUAUCACUGUGCCAAAACCUCUUCUGUGUACAGAGGCCAGUGGCACCAAGGAAAAAGACAUGGGAAGGGCAUAAUAUGUUAUAAUCGAGAACGCACAUCCUGGUAUGAAGGAGACUGGAAAAAUAACUGUAGAGAAGGCUGGGGAGUCCGCUGUUAUCCAUCAGGAAACAUAUAUCAGGGGCAGUGGAAGAAUGAUGCUCGGCAUGGGGAAGGAACAAUGAGAUGGAUUCAACUGAAUCAGCAGUACAGUGGGCAAUGGGUUGCUGGUGUUCAGCAUGGACAAGGGACACAUACCUGGGUCCUGAGGCGAGGUCUUGGCUCUCAGUACCCCCGCAGUAAUGAGUAUAAAGGAGAAUUUGUUCAGGGCAUGCGUCAUGGACAGGGAACAUUUUUAUAUGCAAGUGGAGCAACGUAUUCUGGGGGCUGGCAGCACAAAAAACAUGGCCAGGGUAAGGUCACUUUCAAAAAUGGUCGCAUAUUUGAGGGGGAAUUCAUUGAGGAUCGAAUGGCUGAAUUCCCAGAAUUCUCUAUUGACGGCACAAAGACACCUGACUUGAGUGGGAUUAGAACAAACUCACCCCCUCCUGAUGAAAUCUUACCCAGGCGAGCCAGGAAGUCAGGUGGUACUGCUGCAGUUCUCAGCACGGACAUUGUCUUGAACAUAGAGACACUACUAAAGCGAAUCCCUGAAGCACAAAGAUAUCAAGAGCUCAGACAGGUUGAAUUUGCCAUAAUCAGACACAUUGCUUUGCUAAGAGCAAUAUAUCGGUUCUACGGCAGCCUUGGACAUGAUGUCUCUCCAGACAACACUUUCCUGCUGACUCACUUACAGUUCUGGCGUUUUCUCAAGGAUUGUGGUGUUCACUUGCAUGGAUUAACACUAGCACAGAUAGACCGCCUCAGAGAAGAUGAUGUCCUCUCAGAAGAUGUUGAUUCACCUUUCAGUACAGUGUUACUGAUAAAGUUUCUUAGUGAUAUUGUCGUUGCAGCGUACCAUAUUUUCUACAAAGACAUUGGAACUUCUAGGAAUGUACUUGCAGAGUGCUUCUCCAAGCUCAUGAGAGAAAACAUCUUUCCCAAUGCCAAGAAUGUUAAAGGGCCUCUUUUCUGCCACCCUCUCAAAGCUGUUGCUGGUAGGAAAUAUAUAGGACGAUGCUGGGAGAUCUACCAGGCCUUCUGUACAACAGCUAACUCUGCUGCUCUCUCUGACCAAACCAUGACCGCCAGACACUUCAUCUGGAUGUUUAAGAACCUUGGUCUCUUUGACAGUGAGCUGACCACAGCCCGAGUACUGGAGAUCCUGUCAUUGGGGAACCCUGCCAUCUACAGCCCUACUCACAGCAACCUGGAUUUAGAGAUAAAUUUCCUGGAAUUCUUUGAGGCUCUUGUUUAUUGUGCUGAGGUGAAGACGAUACACAAAGUCAGAACCACUGAGCAUGGCCAUUCUGAGCAGGUUUGUCAGAAUGAGACUGUAAUAGAAUCAAGAGGAGACAUAACAGACAGCCCCCUUCUUAGCCAGCAGGCUUCACCACAGUCUGUGAAGUCCUCAACCAUCAUUAUUUCCCCUGGUCCUAGUAGUCCAAAAUCCCCAGAUGGUGGUGAUGGUCUUUUACGUCAAGCUCCAGAAUCUAAGCUGACUGUGUCAAACACACCUGGGGUUAAAACAGAAGAAGCUACACACUCUGAGCCAGUCAAAGAAACAAAAGUGACCACAGCAUCCUAUAUUAACCCAGGGGCUGCAGAUGAAGCUGAAAGGGAACUACAAUGCUGGCUCCAGAAGAUCCACUGUUUCUUCACAGAGGUUUUAUUCCCUGCAUUUGAGCACAACCUUAUGAUUAAAAAGGAGGUGCAGGAGGAGCGCACAAGACAGACUGAAAAGAACAGAAUCGCUUUGGAAAAGGCCAAAGAGAAAGCCAGGCUCAGAGAGCAGCAGGAAGCAGAAGAGGAAAGACUCCAAAUCGAAGAAGAGGAGGAGACUGAAAACAUCCCAGACAAUAAUAUGAACCCCUCACCCCCUGUUCUUGUAACCCCUGUGGCCUCCUCCAACUCUGAGAGUCUGAAACGAUCUCCCACCAGUGCGAAAAGGACCAAAAAGAAGUAGAAAACUAGAUUGUUUAAUAUAGCAUGUUUUUAUUUGGUUAAGAACUAAGUUCUAAAGAUAUACAAAAUGCUUUAAAGGCAGUAUGUUUUAACAAUAUUUCCAUCGAUAAAAGCAAAAUAAAGAAAAAGAUCAAAUGUUUCUAUA